GGUGAGCCCCGCCUCCUCCACGAAGCUCGAGCACUGAAACGAGGAACAGAAGCCCCGGAGCCAGGUACAGUGUGUCUCUACACUAUUGGGGAUGUUGUAGCUCUCGCCGCAGAACUUGCUGACUGUUGCGGCGUGGCCUUCAAAGGUCAGAGUGAUGCUCCCGGCGGCUCGGCUGUGAUCUGUGUUAGUGCGGUUUCCACAGGAACGAGACGACGGUGGGCAGAAAGCAAUCAAGUCGCCAGAAGAUGACGUCGCCGUCACCCACUCACAGUGACAGCAGCGGCUCCUCGAAGCAUGACAGUAACCAGUACUGCCUAUGUGUGUCCCUGCAGGACAGCUGGGAGAUUGUGGAGGGGCUUAGAGGGGCUCCAGCCAGCAUGCAGGAGCCCGACAGACAGGAGGGCCUUCUACUCAAGAGGAGGAAGUGGCCCAUGAAGGGGUGGCAUAAGAGAUACUUCUUGUUGGAGAAAGGAAUCCUGAAGUAUGCAAAGCAUGAAACUGAUCAUAAGAAAGGGAAGCUCCAUGGCUGCAUCGACGUCGGCCUCUCUGUCAUGUCGAUCAAGAAGAAAGCCAUGUGCAUCGACCUGGACACAGAGGAUAACAUCUAUCACUUAAAGGUGAAGUCUCCGGAGCUGUUUGAGGAGUGGGUGUCAAAGCUGCGUAAUCACAGGGUGUUUCGGCAGAACGAGAUUGCCAUGUAUCCCCAUGAGAGGCACCUCUUCCACCCCCACGCCGCAUCCUCGCCCUCGCUCAACGACUCCCUUAGAAAAAGGGCUACUCUGACCAAGCAGGCAUCAAUCCACCAGGCUAAAGUCAGUUCUUGGCUCCAUUCCUCUGAGGACAUGGAGAAGUGCAGCAAAGACUUGGAGGAAUGUGAAUCAUACCUGCUUGAACUCAACCUGCUGCUGAAGAGCAUGGAGGUCCUUCAUCGCACUUACUCAGCCCCAGCGAUCAGUGCACUACAAGCGUCUAAUUAUGACAUCCCCAAAAAGGAGAAAAGACCAAGGAGAUGGCGAUCCAAAAACAAUGGCAAAGACACCAAAUCCACACUACAGGUCCCAAGCUGCAUCUCCUCCCAAUCCCCUCGCCUCCACGCCUCCAACCCAAACCUCUCCACCACCGAGACCAACACCCAGGAGGUCUGCCCUGAAUCCCCAGACUCACCUACAGAUGCCUCACGUCUGCAGGAGGACUUCUGCAGGCUGGCCAACAACAUCCACACUACGCUGAAGUCAGCCUUUAGUUCCCUAGCAGCAGAAAGAGACCGACUGAGGCACACCAUCGACCUGCAGGCCCCACAGCCGGUGCAGGUCAUGAGCUUGAAGAAGAGCACCUAUGCCUCUGAGUGUCCGGGUGGCUCUCACUCAUUGGUCCAUCAGACGUCCAACGAAAGCAGAGCAUCCAUCCCGGAGUCCAUCUCUGAGUUUUUUGAUGCUCAGGAGUAUCUCCUCUCCUCCUCCUCAUCUGAGAACGAGGUAUCUGAUGAUGACUCGUACAUCAGUGAUGUCAGUGACAGCGUCUCCAUGGAUACCUACAGCAACGAAGGAGGCAGUGAGAGACACAACUCCGUUAGCAGCGUGGUAACCCUGGCCCGCCGGCGCUCCACGCUGCCCUCUACCAGCCCGACCAGCAGCGUGAGCCUGUGGAACAUCCUGAGGAACAACAUCGGGAAAGACCUGUCCAAGGUAGCAAUGCCGGUGCAGCUCAACGAGCCGCUCAACACGCUGCAGAGGCUGUGUGAGGAGAUGGAGUAUAGCGAGCUGCUGGACUCCGCCAACCAGACUAAUGAUCCCUACCAGCGCAUGGUGUAUGUUGCUACAUUUGCAAUAUCUGCAUAUGCGUCCACCUACCAUCGAGCAGGAAGUAAACCCUUUAACCCCGUCCUGGGAGAGACGUUUGAGUGUGACAGACCAGACAAAGGCUUCAGGUUUAUCGCUGAACAGGUGAGUCAUCACCCUCCUGUGUCGGCAUGCCACUCUGAUUCAAGGAACUUCACCUUUUGGCAAGAUGUUCGAUGGAAAAAUAAGUUCUGGGGCAAAUCCAUGGAAAUUGUUCCCAUGGGAACCACCCAUGUCACGCUACCUGCGUUUGGGGACCAUUACGAAUGGAACAAAGUGACGUCCUGCAUCCAUAACAUCCUGAGCGGUCAGCGCUGGAUCGAACACUACGGAGAGAUGUCCAUCAAAAACAUCAACAGUGAUGCCUGCCAGUGUAAAGUCACAUUUGUUAAGGCAAAAUCCUGGAGCUCUACAGUGAACGAGAUAGAGGGCGUGGUCACUGAUUCUAAAGGAAAAGUUGUACACUCCAUUUUUGGAAAAUGGCACGACUCCAUUUAUCAAGGAGACCCGCCUGCUGCCACCUGCAUCUGGAGAGCAAACCCCAUGCCAGAGGACCAGGAUCAGUACUACGGCUUCACUCAGUUUGCAGUGGAGCUGAAUGAGUUGGACGCCACCCUGAGACCGCUGCUUCCCAUUACAGACACACGCUUCAGGCCGGACCAGAGGCUGUUGGAAGAGGGAAACACAGAAGGAGCUGAGGAGCAGAAACAGAGGAUCGAGCAGCUCCAGAGGGAGAGGAGGAAAGUGCUGCAGGACAACAACAUGACACACCAGCCCCACUUCUUCAAGAAAUCUAAAGACGACACGUGGGUGAGCAACAACACAUACUGGGAGACGCGCAGAGACCCCGGCUUCACCAAGAUGGACUUUCCUAUGUUGUGGUGACCUCUGGUUACAACUUAACCUCUCCACUACAAUUUAACACAAAGAGGGAAGAAUAAAAAACUGAACUGAGACCAGCCUGCAAGUGUCCUGACCUGGUGGACAUAAAUCAGGAGAUGUCAUGUUAACCUGAACUUCUUUGUAAUUCCUGCUUCCUCUUUUGGGACUCAGUAGAGCCUGUAGAUUUUUUCUUGGUUUCUUUCUGUUGUUUAUAUCAUAUUUUUCAUAAGUGUACAUUUCUUCCUCAUAUUAUCUUGACUGUCAUUGACACAGUGUCAGUGUAGACUAUAGAGUCAUAUCAUUAUGUUCAUCUCAGCAUUUACCAAAGUGCCUUUUAUUGCAGUGCCUCACUAAACCUGCUGCUGUUGCAUUGAUGCAAAAAAACACUUUGAAUCACUUUGUUUGGAUGAUGUCAGUAUCAUAUGUGGACCUUUCCUGGAGAUAAAAGGGUCAGAUUUAGAAGAGAACUUGUUCAUUAGGUCAAAACCUGUUCGAGUAUUCCUCCAUCUGUGCAGCGUCAUGGCUGAUGGAUGUUUCCAUUACUUUAACUAGAGGCUGACUGGAGGAGGUUAUUAUACAAGAGGGACUUAAGCCUGUUUGCUGCCUUGUUAUAAUCAGUUAUGGCUGUCUUAGGUCUGUGGAUCAUUUUUGUCAAAACAGCAAUAAUCCAUGUUUAAAAAAAUAAACUGUAUGGAUGGACAAGUCA